AUGGGGUGGACAAAGUUCGGAGAAGACGAGAGCCACGAGCUGCCCGGCCGUGCUCCCGGGGCACGUCAUGACCAACGCCAGGAUGCAGACCAUCUGCCGGCAUCGGGUACCACACACAUGUCGCAACAAUACCAGGACGACGAGCACCCGCAUGCGGAGUAUCGUGACGAUGCCACAAGUACCGUAGACUCCGAUGCCACCGCCACCAACAACCAUCACUACAGCUACGACGACAUCGACGACCUCCCCGCCCCGCCUAGCCCGCCCGAGUAUGUCCCAAAGCCUGUCAACCGCGUCGUAAACUCUAUCGCCACGUGGAUCAAGGGUCCCCAGCCUCCGCGCCCCUAUAAGAUCACCCCCUUCUUCCCCGCCAUCCAGACCGCCCCGCCGCGACUGUUGGACAAGUAUGUGCCGAAGCGAAAGCACAAGGGCUGGCUUCUGGUGGCUUUCUAUGCUCUUUGGCUCCUCUGUUUCUCGCUGGUGCUGCGAAAGUCGGCCUUUUCUUCGGAUAUUGGCGACUAUGGCUCCCCGCUGAGGCUGACGUGCCUUUCGCGAUUCUGGGCCGAUAACAACGGAUGCGGCUUGAACGGAGACAACUGCCGUCCUUUCGGGAACAACUCUUUUGCCUUUCGCUGCCCCGCCAACUGCAAGCGUGUCGAGGUCGUGAACCCACAUGCCGUCGGUGAUCAGGAGGUGAACUACAGACCUCUCGUGAUUGGUGGUCCCACGGAGGGCGACGGAGAGGAUAACGUCGGUAGCACCAUUUACCGCGGUGACUCGUUCAUCUGUGGCGCUGCCAUCCAUGCCGGCUUCGUCAGCAACAAGGCUGGUGGCUGCGGCGUCGUUUCACGCAUCGGCACUCAGAGUCGAUUCCCCUCCUCCAAACAUCAUGACAUCGACAGUAUCGGUUUUGAUUCUUACUUUCCGCUCUCGUACACAUUUCUCGAAGGGACCGAAUCACAAUGCAAGGAUCUGCGCUGGUCUCUUUUCGCAGUCUCGCUGACCUUCACCGUCAUCCUCUCCCUUUUCACCACAUCGCCAGCCGUAUUCUUCCCCUCAGUCUUCUUCGGCAUCUUCUUCCACGUCGCACUGGCGUCGGACCCGCCUGACCUUACCGACUAUCAUGCUCUUGUCAGCAUGGCGCUGGGACGCUUCCUACCCGCCGCGUUCUGCGCCUUUGUCAUGUACAAGUUCUCCGUUCGCCCCACCCUGGACGGUCUCACCGCUCAGAUCGAGAAGACUGUUCUCUGGCUUGGUGGUUGCUGGGUUGGUGCACUGAACAACUACACAUUCGACAAGAUCCCGAUUCAGCGUCUUACGCCGCACGAUAUCCAGCAGCAACCUGGCGCUGUUCCAGCUCUCAUCAUCAUCGUCCUUUCGCUCUUCUGCAUCGCUUUAGGCCAAGCUUACGCUCUGCGUGUCGAAGGACGGCUUCCGCGGUACCUUGUCAUUUAUGGUAUCAUGAGCGGUUGCAUUCUUGCCCUGGUGGCGGUUCCGAAGAUGAACGUCCGCAUUCACCAUUAUAUCCUGGCUCUUCUACUUAUUCCAGGCACGGCGAUGCAGAACCGGCCGAGUCUCCUGUACCAAGGUAUUCUCGUCGGCCUGUUCAUCAACGGAAUUGCUCGCUGGGGUUUCGACAGCAUUCUGCAAACCCCGCUCGAGCUUCGUCAGGAUGCGCAUCUUGGAACGUUGCUGCCCGAGAUUCUUCCUCCCAUUAUCCACAACGUCUUUGAUCCAGACUACAGUAUCAUGCCCAACAUCACGUUCGAGUGGAAGCUGCCGUUGCCAGAAAAGUAUGAUGGCGUCAGCGUCCUCGUAAACGAUGUCGAACGAUUCCGGGCGUAUCUGGACGAAGACAAGACGAGCUUCACUUGGGUUCGCCAGGAUAUUGAACUUCCUGAAUAUUUCCGGUUUGCGUACAUGAAUGGACGGCGUUCAGGCGAUUACACCAAAGCCGGAAAAUGGACUGCUGAGGGCGGGUGGCAGCACAUGCAGCCUGGGCCAGGUUAA